AUGAAAAAUUGGUACAUAACCGGCACCUACGAGUACGUGACGGUCCAAAGGCUGGUUAUAUCUGCUUCUUGUAAUGAAACUUGGAGCUAUAAAGCUCGCUAUCUAGGAAUAAAGAAAAUAUUCUUGUAUUUUAACGUCCCACUGCUGGACACGUGCCUCCAGAACAUAUCAGAAGUGCGAGACCUAGGAUUUGAACCCACUUCACUUGGCUUACCAAGCAAGCGCGAUACAACUGGGCUACCACUGCCU